GCCACAUUCAGGUCCAGAAGAGGAAUUUAUCCAUAAAGGCCGAGACGAUCAAAUUCAAAUGGUUUGGUAAUCUGACAGUGCAAUCUCUCUAUUUUGGGGAAUUUCGGGUAAUCUUGAGGUUUUCCUCAAAGUCGUGAAAAGUUUGGUAGCUUUCCUCAAAGUCUGGAGAAAACCCAAAAUCUUGGGGAUUUUCCCCGGACCCAGGAAAAAUUUGGGGGUUUUGUCCUAUUUCCUCAAAGUUCCCUAUUGUAGCUUACCCAAAACGGACAUAAGUUUCCCCAAAAUAGGGAGGUUUAGAGGUUUUUAUUGGCAAUAACAGACUACGGGACUAAGAUCUUUAACGAAUAUCAAUAUUUAUUUAUAAGAUGGCAAAAACGGGAAAGUGUGUAUACUAUCUUAAAGUAAACUUGUGAUACGUUAGUAAAGUAGCGAUUUGAUUCGUAGAAUAUGAAAGAUGAAGAUGACUUGUUCGGACCCUACCCGAUUAUGUUCAUUGCAUUAUUGAUAUCUCUUUGAAAGCCAUACGGAUUAAUGUGCUUGUCCCCAAUAUUUUCUCCGCAUAAUCGGGUCGGUUUUAAGCUAUUGAUGCAAACUCGUUUCACACCAAUAUUUCACCUAAGUGUAAGCACCUAUGUAGUGAUUAAUUGUAUAUUGAACUCACGGAAAUAGGAACUUUCUGUGGCUUAAAUUAAAAUACCGUUAUUGUGUUCAUACUGUUUCCACUCAGUUUCUAGUCCCGUCAUACGUGAAUUUAUGUUCUAUGGCACCCAGCUCUAGAGACCCUGGAUCACGUCCAUUUUCGGCCCUGGAACAGGACUAAUCGGAAUAGUUAUCUGUUGCUUCUUGAUCAACGUCUUGUCUUUUGUCCGUUAUUAAACGGGCGCUCAUUACCUGUAAUAAUGCCUAUCCCGGAGUUGUCUAAUAUAUUGCUCCAUGAGUUUGUGAAUUUCAAAGUAUUGCAAUUGCACAAUAACCCUGUUAUUAUUGAUGGAGAGGACUUUAGUGAAUAUUUUUAUGAACAUUUAAAAUUACCUAUAAAAUAUGGUGGCGAAUAUUUAUCUUAUAUUGUACAUAUUAAGCAGUUUUUGAAUGAAAUCAAACAAUGCAAGAUUUAUCCAUCCUUUCUGUUUGGCUCCGAUUGUGAAAGAGUCGUAAGUUUUUAAUUUAUUGGGAAUAUUUAUUUGAAGUCUGCAUCCCAAGUUUUCAGAGUAUGAACAGAUUCCCGAUUAUGAAGAAUUUAACUUUUUAUUAUCUAAACGCUUCAGGGAUCAUUGGAAAUCUAGCAACGUAAAAUAUCACGCUGUAGCACACCAGGCUUACAACUUUCCAGUCAACUUCAAGCAAUGGAAUCAACAAUAAAAUUAUUAUCUUCAAGUAAUACACAAAAGAAAAAUUCAUCGCCUAUACCUUACUAUAUGUUUCUUCAAAGUAUGUUAACAGAUGUUCUCAGUGAUAUGGAAAUAAAAUUUUUAAAGUCUCCUUAUCCUCGUAUACGAAGUUGUGUCUCAUUAGCUACUUAUCUUCACCAUCCAAUCAUUGCUAGUUCUCCUGAAUAUUUUUUAAUCGGUACUCACCAGAUGUCAUCCGAUACAUCUCCUUGUUUUAUCCCACUAUCACUCAUGAAAUUUCAAUGUUUGGAAUCCAAAGGGAGUUGUUAUUGUGAAUCAAUAGAUGCAGAAUCACAAUCCAUCCAAACUCCAUGUCGUUUCUUAACAGUCCAUGAAUUUAUUCCUAAACCAUCUUCAGUUCAUCCAGCCUGUCGACCGUUGAUUGGCUUGUUACUUGGUACAGACUCAAUGCCUCACACAAAACUCCCCAACUACUUGUAUUCGAUCAUAAACAACAUAGAGAAAAGAAGCUACAAAUUUCGACGCUUUAUGACUCUGGUUUCAUGGUUUUCCCAAUUUAACACUAAUCUACAGACCCCAAUUGGUGAAAUCCUAAAAUGCUACUCUUCCAAAGAAAGAGGUAAGCUCUUAAAAAUGUUCGCAGAAUCACUGGCGGGAUACUUUCCAGACUUAUACUUAGGUCAAAAGUUAUCUGUUUCUCUUCAUCAAGAAAUUUCACUAUCAACUAGAAAUCAGUUGAAUCCUCCAAUUUUUGUGUAUAGCACACAGGAACCUAAUUCCACAACCGAAAUUGUAUUAUGGCAAAGACGUCUUGGUGAUUUGUUAAAAGGUCAGCUGACCAUUAUCCUAGGAAGUAUGGAUUUUACACAAGGAUGGUCAAAUUAUUUACUACAAUUAUAUUUUAAACAUAAACUUGCACCAUUCAUUUUAACUCCUAUCUAUUGUCAAGGUGGCGUUGUUAUGCCUUUAUUAAUUGAAAAUUCAAAUAUUGAAUUGUCAGCCUAUGAAAUUUCACUACCUUUAAGAUGGAUGCACUAUCGUUUAUUAUGUGGUAUUGAACAUAACCUAUCACAUAAACAAAAACUAAUCGGUUUAAAUCCUCAUAUUUUGGAAUAUCACCGUGUUGGUGAUACACUAACAACAUAUCAAAUUCAAGUUGAUCCUUUAAUUUUAAAUCGAUAUGAAGAUACAACAGAUAAAAUGCUUUCAAGUAUAGUUGGAUUUUCAUUUUCUAAUUUUAAUGUUGAAAGAAAAUGGAUCGUAAGUUUAGCACUGACCUUAACAUUUUGGUUUCAUGCUAUUACAAAAAAUAAGAGCAAUUUACGCGAUGAUCUACGAAAUUCUCCUAUUGUUCUAGCAACUGUAGCAAUUGCUGUCACCAAUUAUUUCAAUGUUAUAGAAUCAGAUGAAAAAACAGUUGAACAUUAUGGUAUUUUGAUUAAAUUCCUAAAGGAUAAGUUGUCUGAUCGACUAUCAUCAUCGUCUGUUGAUUCGUCUAUUGUUCAUCAUUUUACUUCAAUUCACACUGUAUAUAUCUAUCUACGAUCAUUGACACAUUUAAUUGAUGAAUUGGUACUAUCUGAUCGAAAAUCUAAUUCUUUGAGCUUUCUUCCGUCAUGGAUAUUCUUUCCGUCUGGACACUUAUUUUAUAGUCUUGUGAUUGAUAUAGAAUCACUUAAACCAGAUGAUAGAUUCCGUCUAACUUUACGCUAUUGGCUCCCUCGUCUUUAUCGUAUUCCAAAGUUAAACUCUGAAUCCGCAAUGAAAUUGCAAAAAUUAGCUGAAAUUUAUGAACGUGUAAUAAAUAUUGCAAGUGAGAUGAUAUGUUUACCAGUAUUUGCUCCAAAUAUUGUAUAUACAAAGGUACCAACAACUAUUCCUGUCAUUGAUUUGCUUAAAAAUGAAACACCUUCAAAUGCCCCAAGUUCAGUUAGAACAACAAACACUGAAAGGAGCUUACAAGAUAAAAAUUCAGAAUUCAAGAAAAGAUCACACUCUUCUAUCAAUAUUAAAUCAGAUAUCCCACUGUCUAAAUCUAAACAAUCAUUACCUAAUCGUCAUUACUCAGAAAAAACAUUGGUAACGUCUAAAAAACAAUCUCGAAAAUUACCUUAUCAUUUACGCUCUACUGGUUAUGCUGCUCGUUUACGUGCCAGACUUGAAGAAACAGAAUAAGAUAUCAAUUAUUUUUUCUUUGUUGUUGGUUACUCUAUUUUAAAUUUGUCAAUUUCCUUCAACUACCGAUUUUAUUAUGCCUUUCAAGUUGAAAAUUAUUCCGGUUAUUUUCCAUUUUCUCAUUAUAUUUUCCAAAAUAUCAGCAUUUUUAUUGGAGAAUAUCAAGUUUGUUUUUUGCCGUACUCGUACUCCUAUACCUUUCAAUGGGCUUUUUUAUUUAAAGUGUAUCUCAGUUGAUCUGGAGACUAUUGUUUUGAAAACAUGUUACUGGGUUUUUAAGGUUCCUCGUAUUCUUUUGAAAACACAAAUGAACUCGAUGAUAUGGGUAAAAACGCCAUUAAGCACUUUACUUUUUAUUUAAGUUCUAAUCAACGUUGUCUCAAGUGUAACACUCCUAUUUUCAACCAAUUCAAUAAUAAGAUGCUAGAUGUCUUGUGUGGCUUAAACUAAUAUUUCUUCGUUAUUUGAAUUGUUGGCAAGUACUGAUCACAUUUCAAUUGCAAGGAUCUUUUAUACUUCUCAGUCUUUAUGGGCAUUCAUCUUAAAAGACACUGUCUUCUUAUAGGUCUAUCCAAUUAUUGUUGACUCCGUCCUUGUAAUCUUGUGUACCAAGCUUAUUCAAAUUAUCAUUCUAACCACCUCUGAGCUUAAACUCACAAGUCUGAAAAGUGCCACUUCGCAAAAUAGAUUGUUUCUGAAAUAAACUACAUACAUACAAGGACUUUAUCUUAGCUAUUAUGUAUUCUAUACUUGUGGCUGAAGACUAUUUGGCAAUAUACUU